UCACAAUGACGUGGGACAAGGCUGGGAGUCAGCCCCCCUCCCCCGAAUGAUGGUUAGGACCCAGACGGCUAAACCAGCACCAGAGGAUCGCCUGUAUGAGGACUCCGGCUGAAUGGGCCUGCACCAUUUGGGAAAGGUGAUGGGGCAGGUGCUGGGCUUUGGACACUGCAAGGAAUCUGCCUCGACUGUCUCCACCACUCCAGAUUCCACCCCGUCAUCCACUGAAGGUGUCAGUGAAGAGACAGAUUUCUUGGAUCCCCAAACUGCACAGGAACACUCGGAUGAUGAUUUACAGACAGACAGCUCCCUGUACUGGGGCACCCCCAGGCAGAUGUCCCUGGAGUCCACCCUGUCGUGUGGAACCCCACUGGGUCAGCCAUCCUGCUUCCCAGGGGUAUUCCCAACCGGCACCUCCCCUGACCUCACAGUGAGGGACUUUGAUGAGGGAACCAACGGGCCCGGAGCAAAGAGGCCCUCGGAAAGCGAUGCACCCCCCAGAACUAAAGGGAGGACGUCUGUGCCAAGGGGGGUGGUCAGAACUGAGACAAUCGAGACGUUUUUAGCAGAAGAGGAGGAUGACAUGGAGGAAGAUCAUGUUCACCUGCUGGAAGUGACUGACCAACACAAGGGCAAAGUGGAGCGGGGAAUGGAUUCUGACCUCAGGGACAGGCCUGACUGGAACCCCUCACAAUCCACCUCAGCUCCUACAGCCUUGGAAAGUGCGCUGACCUGCCAGGGUCCAGAGGAGACAGGGGCGCCUGAGUUGAGAGUCAGCGGGAGUGAGAUGGAGCCUCAGGGAGAGGGGACGCUGAAGGGGCAUCUGGAGCCUGAGCCACUCUCGAUGGAAGAAUCCAGAGACUGGGAGGGCCGUGAGGUAUUUGAAGUGCAGAGUGCGGAGGGAGAGGCCGAGGCUGACAAAGGGAGGUUUGUGGAGGGUGGCGCCUCUAACCAGAGCGAUGUGGACCACGGUCCCGAUCCCCGACUCAGCACCGAGCCUGGUGUGACUGACGGAGAGAUGACACCUUCAGUCUCCUCCCCGCCGCCAGUCACAGAAGCUGAGGGAACGGUGGAUGAAGUGGAAGUGGAGGGUGCAACGGAAGUGAGAGAUGCUGCAGGAGUCGAGAUCCCUCCGGGCACAAUGGAGUCAUUGGGCAGAGCCGAGGAAGCAAGUUCCAUAGACGUGCUGAUGCCUACAGGAGCAGAGGGCAUCGUGGAUGCCGUAUUGCCAGGAAGAUGUGACUGCUGUGUCAACACCAAUAGUGCCGUUGGCUGCAGACACCCACUCACCCUGGUCACAGCACCAAGUGGUCACGAAACUCAGGAGGUGACAGAGGAGGAAGCGUAUGCAGAGAACUGGCAGUCACCACAGCAACCCAGUGCCUUGGACCAAUCAGAUCAUUCCAAAUCACAGGGCUUGGAGGCAGUAGACCAAUCAGCGACUGACCUUCUGUACUGGGAGGAUGUGAAGAAGACAGGCACCUUGUUCGGUGCUAUCAUCCUCAUCUUGUUCUCCCUCACCCAGUUCAGUGGUAUCAGCGUUCUGGCGUACCUGACACUGUCCAUCCUCUCAGUCACCAUGAGCCUCCGACUAUACACGUCGGCCCUGCAUCUGAUCUACAAGACACAGGAAGUCCACCCGUUCCAGACCUACCUUGAUUUGGACAUUAAUCUGUCCCAGGAACAGUUACGGAAAUACUCGGAGAUAAUAGUGCUUUAUGUGACCAGUGCGAUAUCACAACUCCGCCGGCUUUUCCUUGUUGAAGACCUUCUGGAUUCCCUGAAGUUCGGAGUGCUGCUGUGGUUGAUGACAUAUGUCGGAGCUGUAUUUAAUGGACUCACACUCACCAUUCUGGUGGCAGUUGCUGUCUUCAUCGUCCCCUUGGUAUACCGGAAGCACAAGGUUCACAUCAACCAGUACCUGGGGCUGGUGAGAGGACACAUCCAGAAUUUGACAUCAAAAAUCCAGGCGAAGCUCCCAGGUUCGAAACCCAAAGCAGAAUAACAAGAGAAGAUCCAGACCUGGGCUUGGCUGCACAGAGUGGACUCCUGGAUCGGACAAUGCAAUUAAUAUUUAUAAAUGGAAGUCUUAACCACCUACCAACCAGAGCACAGGGACUUUAAGAGGCAACUUGUGACCAUGUUAGAUUUGCAUCCUGUCCCAGGGACUGAAGACAAUCCCCCCCCACCCCCCAAACCCCCUCAGGCAAAGUUACCUUUUCAUCCGGGACAUCCCUUUGCCCUCGGGACCUGAGCUGGUCUCUUCACAGUAUCCAUACCCCACGUGAUCCUGGAGAGAUCGACAGUGCCCACGUGUGGGAGGGAACAAAGUCAG